CAUUCCAAUUCCAGUUCAGGCACCCUUGCUUCCUACUAAAGAUUCGAGCUCUUAACCAAUGCUUUCUCUACUUUACCCUUGCGCCCUUCAGCCCCAAAUUUCUUUUUGAUCCCACCCCGUAGAAAGCAGGCCAAAGAGUAACAACACACAUACACAUCCUCACCGAUCUGCCCACCUCGCUUCUCUUCUUCACCCAUGGCUGCUGCUACCUCCCAGCGAGCCGAGCUAGCCAGGCUCUGCAUCUCCAAGGACUGGUCCAAGGCCAUUCGAAUCCUCGACUCGCUUGUGUCUCAGUCUGGCGCAAUUCAAGACAUGUGCAACAGAGCCUUCUGUUACAGCCAAUUGGAGUUGCACAAGCACGUAAUUAAGGAUUGCGACAGAGCGCUUCAGCUUGACCCCAUGCUUCUUCAAGCUUACAUUCUCAAAGGUCAUGCGCUUUCUGCUUUGGGAAGGAAAGAAGAUGCACUAUUAGUAUGGGAGCAAGGGUAUGAAAAUGCUCAGCAUCAGUCUGCAGAUUUGAAGCAGUUGUUAGAACUUGAAGAGCUUUUGAUCACAGCAAAACAAGGCAACAAUGUAUUGCAUGAAACCAAUGGAUUGCCUAUGCCACAAUCUGAAUCAGAUUCUCAGAGUAAUAGGAACUCGACUGAAUCUUGUGAGAAUCAAGAUAGGUUGAGUGCUCAAGCUGAAUUAUGUGGCAAUACAAGUGUUAAAUCUGAGGUCUUGCUGAAGUCUACUGAUAAAUUUGACUCAAUAAAUGAAUUAAAUGGUGAAGAUGGAGAGUCUAGUAAAUGCGAUGGCCAAGUGAACGGAGGCCCUGAUGUUAUUGAUAAAUUGAGUUAUAAUUCUGAAUCAUGUAAUGACUCAAGUGACACUUCAGAAUCGUGUGAUAAAGUAUUUACCAAUAGUAGCGAGUCUAGUGAAUCAAUAGAGGUCGCUGAGAUUAUUAGAAAGCCAAGUAGUAAGUUUAUUUUUUCCCAUGAAAAAAAUGGUGAAUCAAGGAAAAAUAAGAAGUUCAGUGCUGCUCGGAUUUCAAAGACAAAGUCUAUAAGUGUAGAUUUUCGGCUCUCACGGGGAAUAGCAGAGGUUAAUGAAGGUAAAUAUGCUCAUGCCAUAUCCAUUUUCGACCAGAUACUGAAAGAGGACCCUGCAUAUCCUGAGGCUUUGAUAGGAAGAGGGACAUCAUAUGCGUUCAAGAGAGAACUUGAUGCUGCUAUAGCUGAUUUUACAAAGGCUAUCCAAUUUAAUCCAUCGGCUGGUGAGGCAUGGAAGAGGAGAGGUCAGGCCCGGGCAGCCUUGGGGGAGUUUGUUGAGGCUAUUGAAGACUUGACUAAGGCAUUAGAGUUUGAAUCCAACUCGGCAGAUAUUUUACACGAGAGAGGAAUUGUCAAUUUCAAGUUUAAAGAGUUUGAUGCUGCAGUUGAAGACCUUUCAGCUUGUGUGCAGCUAGACAGUGAUAAUAAGUCGGCUUACACAUAUUUGGGUUUAGCAUUAUCCUCAAUCGGUGAAUAUAAGAAAGCUGAGGAAGUACAUUUAAAAUCACUUCAACUUGAUAGAAAUUUCCUUGAAGCAUGGGCGCACCUGACUCAGUUCUAUCAAGACUUAUCUAAUCCAACAAAAGCUCAGGAAUGUCUAAAUCAGGUGCUGCAAAUUGAUGGGAGGUUUGCAAGAGCUUAUCAUUUGCGUGGCCUUUUAUUCCAUGCAAUGGGAGAGCAUAGGAAGGCUAUCAGGGAUUUGACAAUGGGGUUGAGCAUUGAUGGUGCCAACAUUGAGUGUUUAUAUUUACGAGCUUCAUGCUACCAUGCUGUUGGACAAUACAGAGAGGCGGUCAAGGAUUACGAUGCUGCACUGGAUUUGGAAUUGGACUCUAUGGAUAAGUUUGUGCUCCAGUGCCUUGCCUUUUAUCAGAAAGAGAUUGCUCUUUACACAGCCUCAAAGUUUAACAGUGAGUUUUGCUGGUUUGAUAUUGACGGGGAUAUUGAUCCACUUUUUAAGGAGUACUGGUGCAAGAGAUUGCAUCCAAAGAAUGUAUGUGAGAAGGUUUACAGGCAACCUCCUUUGCGUGAGUCUUUAAGGAAGGGAAAGCUUAGAAAGCAAGAGUUAGCUCUUACAAAGCAGAAGGCUUCUCUUAUACAGGCUGCAGACUCCAUUGGCAAGAAAAUCCAGUAUGAUUGUCCUGGUUUCCUACCUAAUAGACGUCAGCAUCGUAUGGCAGGAUUUGCUGCUAUUGAAAUUGCCCAAAAGGUCUCCAAGGCUUGGCGUUUGCUGCAAGCGGAAUGGAAAUAUUCUAAUAAAAGCAACUCAAACUCGAAGUUUGGCAAAAGGGCCAGGAGAAGGGAAAGAAUUAAUAUUCAGAGUCAGAAUAGGGGAGGUGCAGGUUGUAGCACAAGUAGUGCCUUGGAAGCAUCUUCAUAUGGCAAUGUAGAUGAUAGAUCAUCCAGCCGUUCCAUGUCAUGGCAAGAUGUUUAUUCAUUAGCUGUUAGAUGGAGACAGAUUUCUGAGCCUUCUGACCCUGUUGUGUGGGUGAACAAGCUAAGUGAAGAGUUUAAUUCUGGAUUUGGUUCUCACACACCUAUGAUUCUGGGACAAGCUAAAGUUGUCCGUUACUUUCCUAACUAUGAAAGAACGUUAGAUAUUGCAAAGACUGUCAUGAAAGAGAGAUCAUACGUCUACAGCAAAACAGAUCAGAUCAUUCAACUUUCCAAAGACGGGAAAUUAAAAGAGAUCAUGCAUGCAAAAUCAUGCUCUGAUCUUUAUAAUAUUGUUGGUGAGGAUUUCUGGUCGGCUACCUGGUGCAACAGUACUGCAUUUGAAGGGAAACAGCUUGAAGGUACACGGAUAACACUUUUAAAAAAGGGGAAACAUGGUUUCGACUUUGCAAUUAGGACACCCUGUACGCCUACUAGAUGGGAAGAUUAUGAUGCAGAAAUGACAUUGGCCUGGGAAGCUCUCUGCAAUGCUUACUGUGGGGAAAAUUAUGGGUCUACUGAUUUCAACGUGCUUGAAAACGUGAGAGAGGCAAUUUUAAGGAUGACAUAUUACUGGUACGACGUUAUCAAAAUGUCUAAAUUAUCUUUGACUCUUGGAGCAUUUGAAGUCAUUUCUGUAAUACUAUCUGCACUUUUUUUCAGGUAUAACUUUAUGCCUCUGUCUAGAGGAUCUGCUGCAGUUGGAUUUGUAGUUAUGCUGGGUUUGUUACUUGCUGCUAAUAUGGAGUUCACAGGAAGCAUCUCACAGGGUUUACAGGUAGAUUGGGAAGCCAUUUUGAACUUGGAUCCAAACUCCUUUGUGGAGUCGGUCAAAAGUUGGCUAUACCCAUCUCUGAGGGUGACAACCUCAUGGAAAGACUAUCAUGAUGUCGAAUCAACAUUUACAACAACAGGGUCGGUUGUUGCUGCCUUGAGCUCUUCUGAUGAUUAAACACCUUGAAAUAAUGGCCAGGUCUCUGUAUGGUUGCUUAAUAAUUACAUUGCUGGUCUUUUCAUAACCUGCUGGAAAAUGCAACAGAACUGUUAAAAAAGCAUUGACAUCAACUUUUUUUAUUGAUCUUCCUAUUGAGGUUUUAUCUGUACGCAAGCUGUUUAAAUUGUAAUCGUACGUUCGCGACUGUACAGUAAUGUAACUUAAGGCAUUGGAUGAUUAAAUUACCGUUUAUCUUGUCUGUCUUUAUUUCAAUAAUCACUACUUGGUCCCUGCCCCACCUCAAAAAAGAGUACAGAGACGUGUACCGUUUUGUUGUAUUUUCUUUGUUAAAUUCUUUGGAGUGAGA